CUGAGUGCUCUCCCAACUAUCCAAGUGCAUCAAUGAUCGAAUCGAACUCUCCUUUUUGACGUUCCAGCGCAAAGAAAAUGAUUUGCUUCGUUCUUGUGUUGCUGAUUCCAUGGCAAACUAUGGCAGACAGCUGCAGAAGCUCUCCAUACUCAAUCCAAGGGUUCAGGAUUCGUGGUCAUGUGAUCAAAACUGUUUUUCUAUCGACCAGAAGUCAAUGCGAGCAUCAGUGUGCUGCACAACAAGGCUGCAACAGCAUCAGUUUUCAUCAGAAUAAAGGAAAGUGCGAAUUGCAUGACGGUAACCACAUCACAAAUCCUGAAAUCGUUCUUCCAAGUGAUGGAUACACCUACGUGAACUUUCCAGCAAGGCCUCCAAAGAGAUGYAGUCGUAAGUYAUGCAGCUAUCCGUUAGCAUGUGUGCCGGAGGGCAACAGUUACAAAUGCGUCACUUGUGAAGAGGCCAAAGCUGAACAAGUUUUGAAUUUCCCAAGGAAAUCUGCUCAAGACUAUGCUUUUCUCAAUGGUCCAUUUGCUUCACUGAGCGCCUUCACGCUUUCUCUCUGGGUUCAACUGGACAGCUCAAGUACAUCAUAUUCUGUGCURAAUUAUGGUUCAUUAGCAUCCAUCUAUGCUACUGAUAGCUACAUUGGUGUUAACAUAAACAGUCAAUCACAGUCUCUCCAAAAAAUUAACCUUGCUGACAGCAAAUGGCAUCAUUUCUGCCUCACCUGGGAAAACACAGGUGGCAACAUCAAAUUCUACAUCGAUGGUGCAGUUAGAAUCGCAUUUACCGGAAAUCAAGGCCAAAUGCUUAGCAGUGGGUAUAUAGAACUUGGCUAUGGCCCUAGGACAGGAACCGGUACUCAAGAUUGGAAAGCUCUGAUGGGAAAUCUGACCAGCGUAAACAUAUGGAGUAGAGUGUUUUCUUCUGAAGAAGUGUCGGUUCUUGCUUCGUCAUGUCCUACAAGCGAGGGAGAUGUCGUACAGUGGUCAAGCUUGAAGACAAAGGGUGUUGGCAUGGCAAAGCUUGUAUGUUCCAAUUUUUGCAUGUAGAAUGUAACAUGUAGGUCAUUACGUAUUUCCAGGUAUCUGGAAAUUAUUUCAACAUAACAUCGCAGUCAAAUCUGUUAAUCAACGUUCACUACAAAUAUAUGUAAUUUUAAUCAGCUGUAGAAAAUAGUUCACUGCAAAAUUACAAGUAGAACGUAAGCAACAAGACCAACAGGUUUAUUCAUAUAAGUAGACUAUAGAAAACAUGAACACCAGUCACUGUCCACUAGACUUAUAGAAAAGAAGAACGUCAUUUUGUGCAUUGUCGAUUUCAAGGAAAAUUUGAAACGAAACCCAGAAGAAGAGGGACAGAAUGGUAGCAGACGGAAUCAAAGAGCCGCUUCUAGUCAAUAAAAAUUCAUUGCUUCUCUAGACUUUAUUAACGAUUGUUAAAACACAAGAAGGGCAUCACAUGAAUAAUGAUAUUUAGAGUUAGUAAAGAAGAUCCAAGGCAUGUAAUGACACGGUUUAACAUCCUUCUAAUGAAUAAAAUGCGUCGCGGCUCCUUGUGGAAGGGGAAUACGGAAGGAAAAGAGAACAGUGAAUGUGAACCAAUGAGRAAGCGCGGGCUCUGGCCAUCCCAAGUACACGUGUAUAUUUAGUUGUCCCAUAAUUUUAUUGUUUCUCCCUCCUCCUCCUCCUCUACUUAUCUUUUUUUAUCGUUUCUAAUCUGCUACGCAGGCUAAUAUCAGAUUAGCAUUUCACAAUUGCUGC